AUCAGGGAGAUAAAAAACUUACGCCACUGUUGCCUUUGGAAAUGAGACUAAUGAUACAUGGAAGCCAAUAAGUGAAUGUCGGCAAAAAGGCGGAUUAGACAACAAAGAAGCGCUGAAUAAAUAAACAGCGACUUAUGUGUACCGCACUGUGAACUUAAUAAGUACAGGACAGAAAAGAAAUAUACAAAGUUCCGCUCUCUCAGACAGCAUUUGAGGACAAGAGAGCGUGACAGUUAUACGGUUUAUCUUAGGAGGAGGAUUUUGUUUUUUCAGAACACCGUUGCUGCAACGUGACACGCAGCGCUCAGGUUAUUUUCCUCCAAUCACCAUAGCGCUAACUGAAGCAGAGAAGAUCUGUCAGAUCUUGUUGUCAGUCACUUACAAUAACCCGCUGUUUCACAGUGGUCAGAAUGACGUCAGCAGCCCACUUAGUGACAAAUAUUACCAAUGAGGUGACACGAUGAAUAGGAAUAUUUACCAGUUAACUCGUAUAAUAACAUAACUUCAUUCCAAAGAAUUCUUAAAGCACAAGUCAAAAAGAGAGAAGUUUCCAGUAAAUGAACUCAACAUUUUCAGUGAGUUGAAACUGUGAUCUGAGCUGAGAUCUCUUGCCGUAUCAGUGAGCUAUGGAGUACCACCAGGAAGUCCUGCCACUCAUGUUUAAUAUCUCUGGAGACACUUCAACAGACUCUAGGUAUCUAGCCAAGGGGACCGUACUUGACGACCCUCUUAACGCUAGUGUCACAGGAAACCACUCACACUCUGACCCAUACAAGGACUUCUACGUCACUGCCAGGACGGUGACGGGACUCUACUGUUUCCCUGUAUUGUGUCUUUUUGGCAUCGUUGGGAACUUCAUUGCACUGAUUGUUUUAAAUCAGAAGGAGAUGAGGACGUCGACAAACGCCUACUUCUCAGCGUUAGCAGUAUCAGACACGGUGAAGUUAAUAAAUGACGCUCUUUAUUUUGUGACUAUUCUUCUAUAUGAAAAGUCGCCCAAGGAUGGCCAGAAGUUAUACGGUCAUCUGUAUCCGUACUCUCACUACAUUUUCAACAUGUCAGUCUGCGUGUCUUCUUGGCUUGUUGUAUCAGUGGCAACAGAGAGAUAUUUUCUUAUUUGUCACCCGGUGCUGGCUAAAACUUUGUGCACUCGUCGACGCGCCAUUAUAGUUAGCUCGUGUAUGUUUAUAGCAAUGAGCUUUAUGGCUAUUCCCUCUGCCUUGAGAUACAAAACCGUUCACUUAUUCCGCAACGACACCCAGGAGGUGGUGGACGAUGUGGAGUUGACGGACCUGUGGCGGAACACGGACCUGGUGGGGACCUACACCUGGAUACAAAACUUACUGCGCUCCGUGAUUCCGCUUGUUAUCUUACUAUUCAUGAACACGUGUAUCCUGCGCGCAACACGAGCGCACCUGCGCAGUUUCCAGCGCCAAGGCAUGCGCUUUGCCCAGGCCCAGUUACGGAUCACGGCCAUGUUAGUGAGUGUGAUCGUGGUGUUCCUUGUCUGUAUCACACCUGACGCUUUCAUGUCUACUUUCUUUGGCUUCGGCUACCACGAGAGUAAUAAUAACUUAGUCAAGGGCGUCCGGGAGAUCACAGACAUGCUGUUAGCAGUCAAUGCAGCAGUUAAUGUGAUCAUUUACAUGUGUUUUAAUCCCCAAUUUAGAACAUCGUUUGUGCAGGUGUUUUGUAUCGGCAGGGGGGUACCUGGCAUAUGUAGGACAAGGACCACGCAGAAUCACAACGGAAACCGUCGGCUAGUCACAAAAUACAACACCGUCGUCGAAAAUGGGAAUAACAAUACCCAUCCUAGUGAUUAUAACGGGACCCCUCAUCAAACACAAACGCUAACGUUGCCAUUAAGAUCAGUGGGUCUACGCAAUACGUACACUAGUGUCACGCAGUUAACAGACGCCGACUUACUACCCCUACAGUCGACCAGUUUAUAGCUUUUAACAAUGGCGUUUUCUUCUUUCAAAUUUUCCGCGAGGUUUUGUCACUUUAACUUAACGUUGUUUUUUCCUUUUUUUUUUUUGUGUUUAAUAUGCGAAUGAAUGUUUCAAAAACGUUCAUCCUUUUUAGAGAGACGAAAUGUCAUGAAAACAAACCACGUCUUAUUGGUGGGAAAGUUAUAGGGAUAACAACCGUUCGUUUAAGAUUCAUAUUUCAUAUAAAAUACACUGUAAAAAACUCACAGAAAUAUAAUAAAUUUCAUUUUACCACCAAAACAGCGGUUAUCGAAAUUAUUCUGGAAUCUGUGCUUGCCAUCAUACCACAUGGACUUUAAUGGAUGGCUUUACGCCAAAAUGAUCUCUUCAGAUUCUCUUAAGAGGUUAUUACAAAAAUAUUCAGAAAAUAAAUUGGACUUACUAUGAAUAUCGGAAGAUUCAUUAACCAUUGGUAAGUAUGUGGAAAUCGUCAUUUCCCCCAGGAAAAUCUUUUUUUGACCAAAAAGAACGGUUGUUAUCUCUCAAAUUGUCUACAGAAAUAAUGUACUAUUGUACCAUCAUAAAACAAUGUACAAUGAAGAAAUGAGUUCGCCCUUUACCUAUAU